AAAAAAUAAACCUCUAACAAUUUCUUUAGAUAGUCUAGUGAGUGAGAAACUGAGAGAAUUGAACUGGUAGCAGUUGAAGAUGACGACUUUGAAUCCAAUUUCUACCGAUUUUAGUUUUUCAAGAAGUUUCCCCCCCGUAAAAUCCUCAAAUUCCUCCAUCUUCGGUCUCAAUCUUCACUCUAGAACACUUCAAUUGAAUAUCACUCACUUCCGACGUUAUUCAAAGAGCCCUAAGCAGUUCUGUCCAGGAAAUAGGCAACGGAAUCUAAGUUGCAAGGGUUUCAAUGAUUCAGCCGAGGAAACCAAGGCUGUUGUCGAGUCGGAAAAUGGAGGAGAUGAUGACUCGCAGCAGGUAGAGAGAAAAAAUAGGAUUCUACCGGAAUGGUUGGAUUUUGAUUUCAACGAUGCAAAAACGAUUUUCGCAGCGAUUGCAGUUUCUCUUGCUUUCAGGUCCUUUGUGGCAGAACCGAGAUUCAUUCCUUCUUUAUCCAUGUACCCUACAUUUGACGUCGGCGAUCGAAUCGUUGCAGAAAAGGUUUCUUAUUACUUCAGACAGCCAUGUCCGAAUGACAUAGUCAUCUUCAAAAGCCCUCCAGUUUUGCAGGAAGUUGGAUACACUGAUGCUGAUGUUUUCGUCAAGAGAAUUGUAGCAAAGGAAGGUGAUGUUGUAGAGGUUCGUGAAGGCAAACUGAUUGUCAAUGGUGUAGUACGAAAUGAGGAGUUUAUUUCAGAGGCACCCAAUUAUAACAUGACUCCAAUUCGUGUUCCAGAGAAAUCGGUCUUUGUAAUGGGCGAUAAUCGUAACAAUAGUUAUGACUCUCAUGUCUGGGGUCCCCUUCCUGCAAAGAACAUAAUAGGAAGAUCUGUAUUUCGGUAUUGGCCUCCGUCUAGGGUUGGGAGUACUGUUCUACCCCAAGGUUGUGCUAUCGAGAAAGUGGACAAAACCUCGUCUCCUCAAUUGUUUUAAUGCAUUCUUUGUCCCGAGAAGAUUAUCACAGGUGCAAUACGCGAAAUUUCACUUCUAGCUAGUUACCAUGUUAAUGAAUCUUUAAAUUUGAAAAACUAUUGAAAAGAUGCUUAUUGUUUCUUAAUGGUAGUAGGAUCCAACUUUUAUCUAUUCU